AUGGAGGCUCAUAACUUGGACGCCGCUUCAAAUUAUAUCAAUAAUUUGUUGCUGGCCCGAGGACUGCUGAGAAAUGGCAAACCAAUCAAUUUUGCGCAUCCGGACAAUGGCGAAGAGGGAUCCGAUGCCACCAUGGCCCAGAUUAUCAACCUGAUAAAUGACCUAGUUGUUCGAAGAGAUCGAGAAGCCGAACAUCGCGAAAACCUGGCGAGCACGAUUCGGACUUUGCGAGCCGCAGAAUCGCAGCAAGUGGAUGAUAUAGAAAAACUAAAAACCAAAAACGCCGAGCUGAAGCGGUCGGUCGCCCUCGCCGAAGGGCAACAGCGAGUCAUAAAGCAGAAUUUAUCGAGCGCAGAGACGACAGUGCGACAGCUGAAGGAACAAAUGCAAAAACUGAAAACCACAAUCCAACAGGUCCGAGCUCAAUGCGCGAACGAUGUUCGAAAACGGGAUAUGGAGUUACAGAAACUGAAGACACAUCUCAGUGACCGACAGCGAGGGAAGCGGGAAGGCUUAGGAGUGACUACAAUCAAUAUCAAUCGUACUGCAGACAUCAUACACAAACUGGAACCGGAUGUUAACAACCCAGGCUAUAGCUUGAAGCAGGAGACGACCGAGUUUCUAACCCAGCUCUGCCAGAGUUUGAGCGACGAAAACGAUACGUUGAUCAAUUUAUCAAGAACAACCAUUCAGACCCUCAGAGAACUACAAGGACUCUCAGAUGCGCCAGAUGGGAACACGUCCGCUUUCAACAUGUCGCAGACGGUUAUUCAAGGAGGUGCGGUCAGUACCAUACCUACGAAUGUAAUGGCCUUAUCUGCAGAAAUGGAUACUGUGCUCGACCACUUGCGAACGCUACUUACAAACCCAUCCUUCGUGCCUCUCGAGGAAGUCGAGGUUCGCGACGAAGAGAUAUUACGACUUCGGGAAGGCUGGGAGAAGAUGGAAGUGCGUUGGAGGCAGGCAAUUUCGAUGAUGGAUGGCUGGCACAAGCGGAUAUUAGAUGGAGGUGACUCGAUAGAUCUUGACGAGCUACGAAAGGGUAUGAGUCUGGAUUCGGGACUGGGCAGAUCAAUAGCUGAUGAUCCCUCACCGCUGUAUGACGAAGACAAUGAGUUGAGAGAUGACGACCAAGAAGUAGCAAAAAAGGAAGAAGAAGAGGCCGUUGAGCCUCAGACGAAGAUAUUGAAGCCUACGCUAGCUAAACCUCCUAUUCGAGCACUGGGUGAGCGAAACAACAAUCGGAAGUCGAGGGCAUCGAAUCGUAAAGUCUCUUUCUACGAAGAAGCAAUGGAUGUGGAAUCCGAUCAGCCAAGCGACAAAGAUGAAUCCCUUCAGGUUAAGGCACAUGCGUCCGAAACAGCCACACAGCGAUCAUCUCCGAGACAAUCUUCUCAAAUCCUGCAAAAGCCAAAACUCUCUAUACAAGAGAAGCUAGCUGCUGUCGAAGCCGAAGCAAAAGAAGCAGCGGGUGAUGUUGCCGCGCAUGUCUCGAAGAAAAGAGGUCGAAAUAAACCCGAUCUGGGCAAGAAGAUCAGAGGUCGUCGACGAAGUACACUUACGAAUGAUGAACUGGACCAAUUACUCAGUGGUCCAAGUGAACAAUGACUUUGCAGUCAAUGUUUGAAGUUUUUCAGCAGGAAAGCAUCAGUUCAUAUUGCUUGAUUGUAAUUUAUGUUCACGGCUGCAUUUGGAUGAGUAGUUUGUUUGAUACCCGGGUUAGCUAUCUCGUUUCCUUGUUUUUAUUGUCAAUCUUGUCUCCCAUGCAUUGGCCAUAAUAUCGCGACUCGAACUCCCUGAAACAAACUAAGAUAGCAUUCUUCUGAGAU